AUGUCUAUGAUGAAGCUACUCCGUUUUAACAAUAUCCUGCUGUAUUUGUCGUUAGUUGCAUCAGUUCGGGGUAUUAGUUAUUGUGGCGCUAGAAUGUGCGGGCAAACGAAUGUACAUACAUUUUGCCAGUACCCUGAGGGUCCCAGUUCAAAAUGCAUGGGAUACAUUGAGACGCCACUCACUAAGGAAGAGAGGGCUCGACUUUUGGCCCGACUCAACCGGCGACGGAGCGAAGCAGCCAUCCGGCGAGUGCCCGGCACGGUGCCCGCCGGCGACAUGUUGAAAUUGCGCUGGGUGGAGGAGUUGGCCCGCGAGGCUCAGCGGUGGGCUGACCAAUGCCGGCCUCCGAGGACACCCGAAGAACGUGACGUCUGCAGGGAUUUGUAUUCGACGUCGGUAGGGCAGUGCGUGGCGUCAGUGGUGGGCGAAGCACCCGGUCUCCACGUGGAGUCCAUGGUCGACUUGUGGUACAUGCAGGGCCGGUAUUAUAGAGGAAACAUUACUUAUUACAUUCCUCCUCAAAGUACCGGCGGUUUUUAUGGAGACUUUGCACAAAUCCUCUGGUCUAAGACCUACAUGGUAGGAUGUGGCCGAAGUCGUUUCUUGAGUCAGGUGAAAGGUCGGUUCAGAACAGUAGAGCGUCUAGUGUGUAACUUCGCCCCCCGUGGGCCCGCGCCCGCCCGCCCGCUGUGGAGCCCCGCCGCCCCCGGCACCGCCUGCCCCCCGCGCUCGCAGCGGGACCGCACGCUCACCGCUCUCUGCAACUAUCAACCACAAGUUAUCGAAAGCUCCCAUAUAGACAAACUGAUGCCAAUAAAUGAACAGAUCAUUCAAACUACACUUUUGGAGAUUGAAGGAAACGAAACACUAAAUUAUUUUGGAAGUCUCGAUGAAAUAUAUUUGACUAAACUAGCGGUUAUUACAAUGAAAGACGUAAUGACAACGUUGCGUUAUAACUCAUUGCAAAAGCGAGACGUAGCUGAAACAGUUUUGAUAGAAGAUGCAAAAGCUGAAUUACAAAUUCAUAAUAAUAUUAGUAAUUUUAAAGAAAUAAGUGAAUCGAAACUCGGUAAAGAAACAACGAUAAAGAUCUCGAAGAAAGUAAGUUUAAUAGGAAGACCUAGAACAUAUAAUAUUGAGGAAUUAAACGAUGUUUCUGAACAACAAACCGACAAUGUUGAUGCAGUGGAUGAUGUGUACGAUAUUGGAGAAGAUUUAUACGGGAAUUAUGAACAGAAUGAAAAAAGCAAUAAAAGUAAACUGCAUGAACAAGAAGAUAAAACCGAUACAAAUGUUGAACUUCCUAAUAGAAAUGACUCUAUUGUUACUGAAAAUGAAUUGAGUAACGCUGAAAAAAUUGAGUUUCCAUCUACAGAAAACGAUUCAUCCAAUGUUACAGCUACAAUGGAUACUGUUACUAAAGAAAUGAGAGCGUCGGUAAAUAUGUCAUCGGAUGAAGAAAUUAAAUCUAUUGUUAAUGGAUCAUUGAAAGACAACGUUGAUGAUUAUUUAAGUGAUCCGGAAACGGUUCAAGAAUUGCAAAAGGCAUUAGAACAAAUGGAACGAAGUCUUGCGCCUAAAUCUGCACUCCACGAAAAGGUCCGUCGAGAGAUCCGAAACAAGCCUACAGGAAGCAACAAAGAAGCGAACAGAGAAAGUCCAGCGGGACAGGAGGCUGCUGACAAAGGGCCAAUGAUAAAUAUGAUUCUACGAUAUAUGCCGUAUUUGAAGCAAUACGAAAAUAGCUUGACUGGAUCCUCGACGAGGGCGGGAAAUAGUGUCGUGUCUUAUGCUGUUGUUGUCUUCAUGUUAAUCUUGUGA